AUGAGCGGAGAAGCAGUUGAGUUAACUUCGGAAGGCAGCGGUGCUUUCUGUGACUGCCCAGACGUAGCUGUCUUCACAUGGAGCUCUAAUCCUCCAUCUAGUUCAGCCUUAGAGGCCUCUGGUCAAAUGGGAGCAAAGCGCAGCUCUGGAGACAGACUCAGUGAAUUACUCUCAGAGUUUCCUGAGCGUGUGAUCAGAGGCAACGUCUCCUCCCUCAAAUGUGUAAGGCCCUGCCGCAUUGAGCAAGAGAGCCGCCGGUCCCUCUACGCUCUCACACCAAAGAACUCCGCAGGUACUUUUGACCAGAUUCGCGUCAACUUCAACAUGGUGCCCUGUUUCCUGGCCAAACCAGAAGAUGAUAUUAACCUCAGGAGCCAGUGUGGAAUCUCAUCCCCUGGACUUCGUGCGGGUCUCCAGUUUGAAGGACCAGAUGCUCCCUUCUAUGAGGUCACCCUGACAGCUUCUCUGGGGACACUGAACACCCUUGCUGACAUCCCAGACAGAGUGGUGCAGGGCAGAGGCCAGAAGCAGCUGACCACUUCAACCAGUAACAGGAAGCUUUUGAAUUUCAUACUCCAGCAUGUGACAUACACAAGCACAGAGUACCAGCGCUGCAGGGUGGAUGUGAUGAGUCUGGAGUCCAAGUCCUCAGUGGCCAAGUUUCCAGUGACCAUCUGCCUUCCUGUUAUGCCCAAGUUAUAUGACCCUGGACCAGAGAGGAAGCUCAGAGACCUGGUGAGCAUUGCCACCAAAACUUUCCUCCGUCCCCACAAGCUCAUGACCAUGCUCCAGAGCAUUCGUGAGCAUUACCCAGACUUGGCCGUGAUCGUGGCUGAUGACAGCAAGGAGCCCCUGAAAAUUAAUAACAACCACGUGGAAUAUUACACCAUGCCUUAUGGGAAGGGUUGGUUUGCUGGUAGGAACCUGGCCAUAUCUCAGGUCACCACCAAAUACGUUCUCUGGGUGGACGAUGACUUUCUCUUCAACGACAAGACCAAGAUUGAGGUGCUGGUGGAUGUCCUAGAGAAGACGGAACUGGACGUGGUAGGCGUUCAGGUGCUUGGAAAUGUGUUCCAGUUUAAGCUGUUCCUGGAGCACAGUGAGAAUGGGGACUGUCUCCACUGGCGGUCAGGAUCUUUCCGGCCCCUGGACGGCUUCCCCAGCUGCGUGGUGACCAGUGGUGCUGUCAGCUUCUUCCUGGCCCACACAGAAUGGCUCCAAAGAGUUGGCUUCGACCCCCACCUGCAGCAAGUGGCUCACUCAGAGUUCUUUAUUGAUGGGCUCAGGAGCCUGCUCGUGGGGUCCCGUUCAAAUGUGAUUGUAGGUCACCAGCCCUGUUCUCCAGUGGCGGACCCACAGCUGGCAGCCCUGGAGAAGAGCUACAAUGCAUACUGGACCAACACCAAAGCUCAGGUCUAAUUCAAGCUGGCUCUCCACUACUUCAAGAACCAUCUCCAAUGUGCCACAUAA